AUUAAAACCAAGACCUAAUAAAGGUUUGCCCCAAAUGUAGACAAAGGCCUGAGCCCUAAAUCCUCUCUCUCGCAUCGCAGAGUAAAACCAGACAGCAAAAAUCAAAGUCACAAACGGGCAAACAGCUCCAUCUCUCUCCCGCUUCCUUUCACAGUUCAACAACUGCUGCCUCUCUUUCUCACAUUUUUGCUUCAAUCAUUACCGCUCCUCAUCAUGAAGCUCGUCAGGUUUUUGAUGAAGUUGAACAAUGAAACGGUGUCGAUUGAGCUCAAGAAUGGAACCGUUGUUCACGGCACCAUCACAGGUGUGGAUAUCAGUAUGAACACCCAUCUCAAAACUGUGAAACUUACACUGAAGGGAAAAAAUCCAGUGACUAUGGAUCACCUCAGUGUUAGGGGUAACAAUAUUCGCUACUAUAUCCUGCCUGACAGCUUAAAUCUUGAGACAUUGCUGGUUGAAGAGACACCUAGGGUGAAACCAAAGAAGCCAACAGCUGGGAAGCCAUUGGGACGUGGUCGGGGUCGUGGGCGUGGACGCGGGCGAGGUCGAGGCCGUUAAAUUUGCUGCCAUGCCUCCAAAUUUUCGUAACAGCUGGAUGUGUAGACAACUUUGUUGUGGGGAGAAU